AUUAGCCCAAUCAGCGGGUAGACUCGGGAUGUCACUGCAGUCGAGAAGUCAGAAGGGUUUGUGAAACAAGACAGUCGCUGCGUCUCAGCGGAAAGCCACUGUCUCACGCCUCUCCUCUGGUUACUUGGGAGUCAGCUGCGAACCAGCAAACUCCGAAACAGCCCCUCUGACUGCAGCACGCAUUCGCACGGCGCGUUCUGUCCCUCAACUGCUGCACGCGGAAUUCCAGUUGCCGUUUUAGCGCGCUUUAAAUUCUGUCAAACAGCACGUCACGAUGGAAACUAUAGAGCGAGCGGCAGUUUUAACGGUCACCAGCACUUCGGUUUAGUGGGUGAUGGGAUUCUGCAGCUCGCCUGUCAUUUCUUCCUGAGGAGAUUGAACGCGGAGGAUCUUUUCGAUAAAUUUAAGUGUCUGUGAUACUCGAGUGUUUUAAAACGGCGCCUGGCUGUAUUUGUGGAGUGAGUUGGGAUUCCUGUAAAGGUGUCUAUCAUCCGCAGUGUGAGCGCGACUGCGGCGGUGAAGUGAAAUCCGCAGCAAGAACAGGUACAGAAUGUCCCCAACUUCAUGAGAAGCCUAAAUACUGAUACAGAGCACACGUAACAAGUAGUGGACAGAGACACUUUUCCCAUAAGGCAACGGGGCAAUGGCUUCCCACAACAGGAAAUGGAACGGUCUAAAUUUUUCUUGCUGCAUCAUUGUCCUUCUGGUUUCCCUCGUGGCUACGAGGCCACAACAGCCUUCAGCGGCAUCCAGAGUACAUAAGGAAUACAGCACAUUCCAGGUGGAAAACCCUGAAUGGACCUUUAACCAUCUUGCGGUGGACCACAGAAAUGGGAAUGUGUACCUUGGGGCCGUGAACCGCAUUUACAAACUCUCACCUGAGUUGGAUGUACAGGUGUCACAUCAGACCGGUCCAGAUGAGGAUAACCGGAACUGCUACCCACCACGUAUAGUGCAGCCUUGUAGCGAACCACUCGCGUUAACCAACAAUGUCAAUAAGAUGCUGCUUAUGGACUACCGUGAGAAUCGGCUGUUAGCUUGUGGGAGCUUGUACCAGGGUAUUUGCAAACUCCUUCGUCUGGACGAUCUCUUUAAGCUUGGAGAGCCCUUCCAUAAAAAAGAGCACUACCUCUCUGGCGUCAAUGAGAGUGGCUCCGUUUUUGGGGUCAUUGUGUCUUACGGUGAUGCUUCACCUGAUAAGCUGUUCGUGGCCACAGCUGUCGAUGGAAGACCGGAGUACUUCCCGACGAUAUCUAGUCGUAAGCUCACCCAUAACUCUGAGGAGGAUGGGAUGUUCGCCUACGUCUUCCAUGAUGAAUUUGUUGCCUCCAUGAUUAAAAUCCCAUCGGAUACAUUCACGGUGGUACCAGACUUUGACAUCUAUUACAUAUAUGGGUUUAGCAGUGGAAAUUUUGUGUAUUUUCUCACAUUACAACCUGAAAUGGGAGGAGGCCCAACUACUGGGUCGUCCGCAGCUGGGCGUGAACAGGUGUACACUUCCAAACUAGUGCGACUUUGCAAGGAUGACACUGCGUUUAAUUCAUACGUUGAGGUUCCUCUUGGUUGUGUUAAGGGUGGGGUUGAGUAUCGCCUCCUGCAGGCGGCCUACCGGUCUAAGGCAGGUAUCAUUCUGGCACGUUCGCUGGGCAUAGGACCGGAUGAUGACAUUCUUUAUGCUGUGUUCUCUAAAGGACAGAAAAGGAGGCCCAAGGAGUCAUCUCAGGAGUCAGCUCUAUGCGUGUUCACUCUGAAAAAAAUUAAUGAAAGAAUUAAAGACCGGCUGCAGUCAUGCUAUAAAGGAGAGGGAACUCUGGAUCUUGCCUGGCUCAAAGUUAAAGACAUCUCAUGCAGUAGCGCACUCCUCACCAUCGAUGACAACUUCUGUGGUCUGGAUAUGAACGCCCCACUCGGCGUCUCAGAGAUGGUGCACGGAAUUCCACUCUUCUCCGAAUCCAAUGACAAAAUGACAUCAGUUAUCGCCUACGUGUACAAGAACCACUCUCUGGCUUUUGUGGGGACCAAAGGGGGUCGUCUGAAAAAGAUUCGGGUAGAUGGUCCUACCUAUGGUGCUUUACAGUAUGAAACCAUCCAAGUUGUCGACAAUGGGCAGAUCCUGCGAGACAUGGCUUUCUCUUCAGAUCAGCACUUCUUGUAUGUGAUGUCAGAGUCACAGCUAACCCGUGUCCCAGUGGAGGCCUGCGAGCAGUAUUCAUCCUGUAAAGAAUGUCUGGGAUCUGGAGAUCCUCACUGUGGCUGGUGUGUGCUUCACAGCAUGUGCACCAGGAAGGAGAAGUGCGAACGGUCAUCCGAGCCUCGGCGCUUUGCCUCAGACAUAAAGCAGUGUGUGAGACUCAGCGUUCACCCCAACAACAUCUCCGUGUCUCAGUACAGUGUCCUGCUAGUGCUGGAGGCACAUAAUGUUCCAGAACUUUCUGCAGGGGUCAACUGCACCUUUGAGGACCUGGCAGAGAUGGACGGUCUGGUUGAGGGCAACCGCAUUACCUGCAGCUCUCCUGCGGAGAAGGAAGUCCCACGCAUCGUCGUUGACCAAGGUGACCAUCAGAUUGUCCAGCUCUACCUCAAAUCAAAGGAGACGGGACUAGCUUUCGCCAACACUAGUUUUGUCUUCUACAAUUGCAGUGUUCACAAGUCGUGUCUAUCCUGUGUUGGAAGUCCAUACCAGUGCCACUGGUGCAAAUAUCGUCACACGUGCACCCAUGAUCCAAGCAGUUGCUCUUUCCAGGAGGGUCGUGUCAAACAGCCAGAGGAAUGUCCUCAGCUUCUUCCAGCGGAUCGUAUCCUGGUUCCAGUGAAUGUAGUGAAACCCAUUACCCUUCGGGCCAAGAACCUGCCCCAGCCACAGUCGGGCCAGCGUGGGUAUGAGUGCUUACUCACCAUACAGGGUGUGGAGCAGAGAGUUCCUGCCCUCCGCUUUAACAGCUCCAGUGUACAGUGCCAGAACACAUCGUACUCGUAUGAUGGGAUGGAGAUGAGUAGCCUCCCUGUGCAUCUGACGGUCAUCUGGAACGGAGACUUCAGCAUUGACAACCCGGCCCAAAACAAAGUGCACCUGUACAAGUGUGACGCGCGGCGGGAGAGCUGUGGACUCUGUCUGAAGGCAGACCCUCUGUUCGGCUGUGUGUGGUGUAAGGGAGAGAACCGUUGCUCUCUGAAACAGCACUGUCCUCACCCGCAGAGCAUGUGGCUCGAGCACAAUGGCAUCUAUAGCAAGUGCACGCACCCCAGAAUCACAAAGAUCACCCCACUUCGAGGGCCACGUGAAGGUGGAACACUGGUGACUAUUCGUGGCGAGAACCUGGGACUUGAGUUCAGUGAGAUUAAGGACCAUGUGAAGGUUGCAGAUGUGGAAUGUACGCCAGUUCCCGAGGGAUAUAUACCAGCAGAACAGAUUGUGUGUGAAAUGGGAAAAGCAGAAAGAAGCCAGUUUGCUGGAAACGUCCAAGUGUGUGUCGGAGAGUGUCGUCCCGAGUUCAUGGCCAAGUCAUCGAAGUACUACUACUUUGUGAUCCCUAGAUUGUUGAGUUUAAAGCCGAACCGAGGACCAGUAUCUGGGGGGACCAUAGUCAACAUCACCGGCAGCAACCUGGACGCGGGCAGCAAUGUGUCAAUCAUGUUCAAAGACCAGAAGUGCACCUAUCAAAGGAGAGGAGGACAGUGGAUAACAUGUCGUUCUCACGCCUCCAUGCAAGGCUACGGAAAUGUGUCUGUAUCAGUGUUUGUGGAUAAAGCCCACAUUCACAAAGACCUCAAGUUUGAGUAUGUGGAGGACCCCACUAUCACCAAACUCGAACCUGAGUGGAGCAUUUUCAGUGGCAACACACCAGUGACUGUGACUGGGACGAACCUGGACAUCAUCCAGACUCCUCUCAUCAGAGCCAAGUAUAAGAACUUGGAGACAGUCAAUAUAUGUCAGGUUCUGAGUCCCACCACUAUGCAGUGCAUGGUCCCAGAGUUUCCCUACAGUCUAAGCAGGCAAAAGGAAGUGCCAGAGAGACCUGAUGAGUUUGGCUUUAUCCUGGACAACGUGCAGUCUGUGCUGGCCCUCAACAACACCAACUUCAUCUACUACCCGAAUCCAGUGUUUGAACCGCUCAGUGUGUCUGGGGUCCAGGAACUCAAGCCAGGGUCCCCAAUUAUUCUCAAAGGUAGAAACUUCCUCCCUCCAGCCCCGGGUGGCAAUGGAAAGCUGAACUACACUGUUCUGAUUGGAGACAAACCUUGCACCUUAACUGUAUCAGAUACUCAACUGCUCUGUGAAUCGCCCAAUCUGACUGGACGCCACAAGGUUCUGGCCCGUGUAGGUGGCAUCGAGUUCUCUCCAGGUGUGGUCCACAUCACCUCUGACAGCCCCCUCAGCAGCACCACCGUCGUUAGCAUUGCUGGGGCAGGAGGCCUCCUCAUCUUCUUCAUCGUCAUUGUCCUCAUUGCCUACAAGCGCAAAUCCCGUGAGAGUGACCUCACUCUUAAGCGCCUGCAGAUGCAGAUGGACAACCUCGAGUCCAGAGUAGCUUUGGAGUGUAAAGAGGCAUUUGCAGAGCUGCAGACAGACAUUCACGAGUUGACCAGCGACCUGGAUGGAGCUGGUAUUCCAUUCUUGGACUACCGCACAUACACCAUGCGAGUGUUAUUCCCUGGCAUCGAAGAGCACCCUGUCCUUAGAGACCUGGAGGUGCCAGGUUACAGACAGGAACAGGUGGAGAAGGGCCUAAAACUGUUUGGACAGCUAAUCAACAACAAGGUUUUCCUGCUGUUCUUCAUCCGAACACUUGAGUCUCAGAGAGGCUUCUCCAUGCGAGACCGCGGCAACGUCGCCUCCUUGAUCAUGACCGUUUUGCAAAGUAAACUAGAGUAUGCAACGGACGUGCUCAAACACCUGCUUUCUGACCUUAUUGACAAGAACCUGGAAAGCAAGAACCAUCCCAAACUCUUACUCAGAAGAACGGAGUCUGUGGCUGAGAAAAUGCUCACAAAUUGGUUCACUUUUCUGCUUUACAAAUUCCUCAAGGAGUGUGCCGGGGAGCCCCUCUUUUCUCUAUUCUGUGCCAUAAAGCAACAAAUGGAAAAAGGCCCCAUCGACUCUAUCACCGGAGAAGCCCGCUACUCACUCAGUGAAGACAAGCUCAUCAGACAGCAAAUUGAUUACAAGACUCUGGUGGUGAACUGCUUGCAUCCAGACAAUGAGAAGAGCCCAGAGGUGCAGGUGAAGGUGCUGAACUGUGACACCAUCAGCCAGGUGAAGGAGAAGAUCUUGGAUGCCAUCUAUAAAAACAUCCCCUACUCGCACCGAUCAAAAGCCUCUGACAUGGACCUAGAGUGGCGUCAAGGCAGAGUAGUCCGAGUCAUCCUUCAGGAUGAAGAUGUUACCACAAAGAUUGAGGGUGACUGGAAAAGACUUAAUAUGCUGUCCCACUACCAGGUGACUGAUAAUGCUGUGGUAGCUCUCGUACCAAAGCAGGUCACCGCAUACAACUCUGUGAACAACUCCACUGUCUCCAGAACCUCUGCUAGCAAAUAUGAAAACAUGAUCAAGUACACGGGCAGUCCGGACAGUCUGCGUUCCCGCACACCAAUGAUCACCCCUGACCUGGAGAGCGGCGUCAAGGUGUGGCAUCUGGUGAAGAACCAUGAGCAUGGGGACCAGAAGGAGGGAGACCGUGGCAGCAAGAUGGUCUCUGAGAUCUACUUGACCAGGCUGUUGGCCACCAAGGGCACUCUACAGAAGUUUGUGGAUGACCUGUUUGAGACCAUCUUCAGCACAGCACACAGAGGAAGUGCCCUUCCUCUUGCUAUCAAGUACAUGUUUGACUUCCUGGAUGAGCAGGCUGACAAGCACAACAUACACGACCCCCACGUCAGACACACAUGGAAGAGCAACUGCCUACCUCUACGGUUCUGGGUGAAUGUGAUCAAGAACCCACAGUUUGUGUUCGACAUCCAUAAGAGCAGCAUUACGGACGCCUGUCUGUCUGUGGUGGCACAAACCUUCAUGGAUUCGUGCUCGACGUCAGAGCACCGCCUGGGCAAAGACUCCCCCUCUAACAAGCUGCUGUAUGCCAAGGACAUUCCCAGCUACAAGAACUGGGUGGAGAGAUAUUACUCCGACAUUAGUAAGAUGCCUGCGAUCAGUGAUCAGGAUAUGAACGCAUAUCUAGCAGAACAGUCCCGUAGGCACAUGAGCGAGUUCAACAGCAUGAGCUCCCUCAGCGAGAUCUACUCUUAUGUGGGCAAAUAUACAGAAGAGAUUGUGUCUGCGCUGGAGCAGGAUGAUGGUGCCAGAAAACAGAGACUGGCCUAUAAGCUGGAGCAAGUGGUCGCCUUCAUGAGCCUGGAGAGCUGAGAACCACUUUUCCCAGAGUGCACUGGGAUAUCCAUCAGAAACCGAGCCGUGCCUGAGUGAAGACCUGUCCAUCUAUCUCAUCUCUUCUGUUUGCAAUCUUCCAACAAAAACAAGCAUUUGAAUCAUAUUAGCUCUGCUUCCUAGAAGAUUAGAGAUGGGAACUGGAGGAUGGGCAGAGGAGCCAAGGACUACAUUACCCAUGAUGCAGUAGAGUGGGUGGCCAUCAGGCUCUGCUGUGUAGAGGAGGGGUGGCUGCCUAUGAGUUCGACGUCACUGCAUCCUCCAUCCUUCUCCCUGACUAAAAAAAAAAGAAAAAAACAUUUCUGUUGCCUUCAAAGUUUAGCUGAUAAGCAGAAACCACAAUGUUUGGUGUCAUUUUGUUCUGACUUUUAUGACUAGGGUAGUGAACGACACUAAUGUAGAGUCCAGUUCAUUGUAGUACCUUUGUUAAACACGCAAGACAUAAAAAUGGUACUGCAUGAAUCUGAGGAAUGUUGUCCAUUCUGGCCAUUUCAAAAGACACAAAACACCUCGAUGACACUGGAUUUACGGGACAUGCAAGAUCAUUUAUACGCCUUGAUAAGAGAACGAUCAAGCCUUGAGAAUCCCAACUGCUUAUUCUCUCUUUGAAGACAGUGAGGUGUAUUUAAAACCCUCUGCGUUUAGUGGAAGACAGCAAGUCAGUGCUUCAACUCUUUCAUCUCUUCCGGGACCUUACUUUACAGUAAAACUGAAAGACGAGACCUAUCGUCUUGUGGGACACCCACAUCUUCACCACUUCACCACCAGCCUUCAUUUCGGCUUUUAUCCGGCUUGUGCACAUCUGAAUUGAUCCUCUCUUAUCUAGAUGAGUGGAGGAGAAGCCAAGGUUCGUUCCCCUUAGAAUCAAGCACACACACACCCCUCUUCCAGAGAGCGACGCCUUCUCUCUGUACUCCAGCGAGGUUGCCAGGACCUACGCUGUGUUGCAAGAGGACGAAGUAAUCUUAACAACAAAAAAGCACAUUCAAUAGGUGUCUCAGUUCACACAUCCAGUAGGGGGACUAAUUACAAAAUAACCUACUCAGAAUUAGCCGUUAAAGAGGGAAAUGGUGCGUUAUUGAAAGUGUACACGUGCAGCCUGCACUGUUCACUGCCACAGGGUCCCACCUUUAACGAACACUCUGGAAGCCUCUAGAAAAACCCAAACAUGGACAAAGUUGCUCAGCAGAAAACCAAAGGAGCCCGAUUUAAAAAAAAAAUAGCAAAGUGAAUAAAUCACCCCUGAGAAAGCAAACACAAUGCACUGUUUGUUUUAUGACCUACAGAAGGAAACUGUCUGCAGCCUCAUAUUUGUUACUGUCCAUUAUUCUGUGCACGGAAUAAUGGACAGUAGUCCAUUAUCUUGUUAUUGUACAACUGGGAAGGUGGAAAGAAAUCCUGAUCUGAAGUUUAAGGGCUUGCUGUAGUUUAAAUGUUGCUGGCAGACUUGGUAGAUGAAUCUUACCUGGGCUUAAUGACUCCAAAAGCAAACGGAUGGCGUGAUGAGGACGUAAUUAAUAUUGGAUGUAACUUUUACAAUGGGAAAGAGACAAUUUAGCUGCCCACCUUUCCUCUGUCCUCUGAAUCCCUCUUUCCCCUUGACAGCGUACCCUAUGUGGUGAUGUGAAAGUGUGGAGAAUCUGCCCAGGUCCAUCUUGGGUGCUUUAUUGGCUUUUUCAGCGCAUGUAUUUCAAUUUAAUCUUCAAAAAAAAAAAAAAGAAAAAUGGAAAACAGAAAAAAUAAGCCUUGCAAUUGAUGAUGUGGAUGUGUUCUUUUCUUUCUUUUGCUUGGAAGAACUAGAUGGAAAAAAGUGGAUGUCAUCUUCAAAAUUGCAACCUCUUGUUAAGGUGGAACCUUUAUCCUGCCCUUCAAUUCAGCUGCCAUGACCAUGUUUUGUGAAUGUGUUAGAUACUAAUAAGACUGAGGUAAACCUUAAGCAGAUAUAGUAUAUACCCUUGCAUGCUGACCUAUUUGGAUUAUAUGAAAUGAACUGCCUUGCUAUCAAAUACCUACUAGGGAUUUCUAAACCGAAUCAAACUCUUGUUACAAUUUCAUCAGACUCAUUUGUUCUUUUCCUGUCAGGUGGAUUGCCUUUCUCGAAGGCUAUCUAUCUGAGAGUUCUCGUUCACCGAUCACAUUCACGCUGAGCAAAUGUGACCACGACGUCACACUUAAUCACAACACAUAACAUUUAUGUUUUUUUACUGUAUGUCUUUAAUGUGCAACUCUAAAGAGUUGAUUCCCUGAAUGUGUUCAUUUGUUGUUCAACGUAUCUGUCCGUAUUUUAUAUUGCUGCUUUUUUCUAUACAUUUGAAUCAUUUUGCCGCAACCUAAUGCUUUCAAGAUUCCAUUAGCAUUACACCAAUUAUUUUUUUAUGUUGUUUUGGAUAGUGGCUCUGUAUGUGUGAUUGCUUUGCGCUCCCUUGUGUUAUUUUUCAGAGUGGCUUAGCUUGAUUGAAGAGCUGAUAUGUUCCUGGAUUUCCUCAUGACUCUGAUCCUGUGUUAUGUUUCAUGUUUCAUCUCUCAUGUGCAUUUAUAAGGACAACCCCCCCCCCCCCCUUUAUGUCCAAAAGACAUGAUAAAGUUUCCACCUUAAACAUUUUGUAA